CUUGCCUAGACGGCCAACACUUCUCAACUUAUACUUGGACAAGUUCGACUCGAAUCUAUACACGUUACCUCGGAGAGAACAGUCAUACCAAGCAAGAAUAGAUGUCGCACCAAAGGGAACUCAUCAUCUUUGUCUUGGAAUGAGAGUCUUUCGUUGCUUUUUUUCAUUCGUUCGUUUUUUCUUAUUCGGAGUCCAACUUAAAGGCCGACACAGUGGUGAUAUUUGUUGUCCCUUAAACUCCCUCAACAAACACUGUAGGCUACUGCAGUGUUGGUAAGGAUGGCCUUUCAAUCGGCCCUCUUACCAAUAUUGGUCUUGGGACUGAUGUCUAGUUUGGUGCGUUGUGCCCCCUUCCCUGGCAGGCUGAAUGGCACAGUGGAACGACGCUGGGAGACACUGUACUCGCGGUCCUUGGCUCGGAUCCCUGGGGAGAAACGAGAGAUAAACCGGGACAGCGACUAUCUUAUGGGUAUUAAACGGCUACGACGCCUUUAUUGCAAUGUAGGAAUUGGGUUUCAUAUUCAAGUUUCACCCGAUGGGAGAAUAACAGGAGUGCACAAUGAAAACCGUUACAGUCUCCUUGAGAUAUCUCCAGUAGAGAGAGGAGUUGUGACAAUCUUUGGCGUCCAAAGCGGUCUAUUCGUGGCUAUGAACAGCAAAGGGAAGCUGUACGGAUCUGUUCAUUACAACAACGAGUGCACAUUCAAAGAAACUCUCCUGGCAAAUAAUUACAAUGCUUACGAAUCGGUGGCAUACCCGAGGAUGUACAUUGGACUAAGCAAGACCGGUAAAACAAAAAGAGGAAACCGAGUGUCACCAGCCAUGACGGUGACGCAUUUCUUGCCAAGAAUCUGAGUCACUCAGAAAUAGACUUAACCUCAAUAAGGUGGGGUGAGGGGGACUCAAAACGAUGCACUUUCAACUGGAGUUUUAUGCAAGACUAAGUGUAUCAUCCUGCUUAAAUGUUAUGUAUAAGUUUGUAUAUCAGUUUAUUUAUUAUGUAAAACUAUUUUGUAUUUGGGGGAAACAGGUCCUGACUUCAGGGGGAAUUUCAGAGAUCAACACAUUUAUUUAUGUUUUUUAACUUAUCAGAAGUCUGCUGCUAAUAAGUGUUUGGGUAAGUGAGAUUCCUUUGUUGAAUUAUGGUUUUCUUUACACUGUUUAUAGACAAAAUAUUAUACAGUGACAGAGCAAAGGAUACUUUUAUAUUACUUAUUUUUCUUCUAUGGAAAUAACUUUUAAGUCUUAGACGGAAGUUCAAACAAGUGAAAUUAUAUCAAAUUAUUGGUUUUAGAAGCAGAAGCAAUUGUCCAAUGGCAGGACUCUUUGUAUGGCAUUGGAGUCUAAUUGAAACAGUAUCAGCUUACUACUGGUUACAGAAAGAGCCGCGUUGAAGUCCUACCCUCUCAAAUCUGUUUUUAGCUCUGCCAGGGGGUUGAACUUUGAACUUUUCUGCAGUCAAUCUUUGUCAGAUCUAUAAGACUCUGGAUAGAGAGAGGCAUCUUCUUGACAUUGUAUAAGCAGAGAAUUUGAGAGUUUAAAGGCAAGGUCAGUGUGCUGACACCAAGUCAGAAACCAUAGCCAUGGCUCUAUAACGUACAGCUUUUAUGAUGGGAAGUAAAAAAUCAAAGUCCUCAGCAGUAUGGAGGAUAUUUGGAUCUCAAAAGGAUCAGAGCUCCUCCCUGAGUGCAAAAAAAGAAGCCAAGAUAAUGUAAUGAUUAUGUUUUCCCCAAGUGUGUACACCGAAAAGCUAUAAAUUAUUUUUUUGGGGAGACAUGUAUUGGCUCCCAUUUCUUCCCAUUGCCCCACUUUCCUUGUUAUCUAUUAUCUACCUCACUUAAUCAACAAACCCCCCAAAAACCUUUCUAGAGUUUGUCCUGAAGUCAUUCUAUUGAACCAGUUUGAGAUUAGCCCCAAUCUCUUCGGAGCACCAUGCCAUAGGCAGAAGUGCAGGCAGCCAUUUCGUCCUAGUUGCGCCUUGUCACGUUUGAGCUAUCUUUACCCUGUGAUUUACUUUUAGAAAGGAUGAUCAUGGUGGAAAUAUUUACAGACAGCUGUUAGACUGCAAUAUAUGCUCAACCAGUAACCCUAUAUUUUUCUUUAUAUAUUUUGUAAAUAUAACCCCUGGUAACUGGCAGAGCAUAGCGAAGCUGCUUCAAAGUCUGUUAUUCCUCCUUUGGGAACAUUCAUUCACAGACUAAGGGGAUUGACCAGGAGAUGGUCCAUGCCAGAGGGUGUCUCUCUCCCUCUAUAGUCCUAGUCGGUAUUUACGUAAUAAUAAGGAAUUCCCCUCGACCACGUCCACAAAUUGGGGAAAACCAACAUUCUUUCCUAUUGACCCCCAUUGUAAAAGAAGCAACUUCGUCAUCGUUUUUUUUGUCAUACAGAAAUAACAAAACAUGCCAAAAAGCUGCUGUGUUGUUCAAUGUAACCAGGUCAAAAAUCCUGACCUAUGGUUCGCAAUGCUCCCACGUAGGGAAAUAGAGCCUGCAAGAAGAGCCCUGUGCUGUGGCUUCAGGCUAUUUGGCGUGGGAGAGCGGGAAAUGUGGGGAGCCGGUGUCCAAGUAGGCUACACGUAGCUAUGUGUGUGGAAAACAUUUAAUCACAGGUAAGACAUUUAACUUGUAUAGU